UGUUAGCGGGCGCACAAGCAGCAGCCCAGCCGUGGGGCGUCAGGUGGGAGCGGUGACCGGCUGUAGGGUUGCCAAUUCCUGGAGCUUUCAUCACAUGACAACCUUCAAUUACAGAUUAAUCUUUAGUUCCUGGCGACUCCAGGACAAUCAUGGUGGGUUAUCAACCCUAGACUCCGACCAAGCGUGGAUGGAGCCAGAUUUUGGGAGCCUGGUUGACAGUUAUGGAUGAAACUCCUACCUGGAGACCUGGAUCCUUGACAGGGAACUCUGAGCUGUGCUUUUCCUUUGGAGUCAUAGCAGAUAUUCAGUAUGCUGAUCUAGAGGAUGGUUAUAACUUCUGGGGGUCCCGGAGGAGAUACUACAGACACAGCCUUCACCUUCUCCAGAGCGCAGUUGAUGAGUGGAAUAAGGAAGACAGUCAACUUGAGUUUGUGCUGCAGCUUGGGGAUAUUAUUGAUGGUUUUAAUGCCCAACAUAAAACAUCAGAAAGUGCUCUGAGAAGAGUUAUGAACAAGUUUAAAAAGCUUAGAAUCCCAAUCCAUCACACAUGGGGAAAUCAUGAAUUGUACAACUUUACUAGAGACUAUUUAACACAAUCUGAACUUAACAGCAAGUCUUUAGAAGACCAGAUCUUCCUUGGCUCUGCUGCCAGUGGCCAGGACUCUCCUGGAGCCACUGCUGAAGAACAUUACUAUGCUUAUCAUUUUAGCCCAGUUCCAAAAUUUCGGUUCAUUUUACUUGAUGCUUAUGAUUUAAGUAUCCUUGGGAGGGAUAAAUCCACCCAAAAAUAUCAGGAUUCUUUGAAGCUGCUGAAGGAGAAAAACCCAAAUGAGAAUCUGAAUAGUCCCACAGGACUUGCUGAACCACAAUUUGUAGAGUUCAAUGGAGGAUUUAGCCAAACACAGCUGGAUUGGUUCAAUGAGGUUCUUACAUUCUCUGACACUAAUCAAGAGAAAGUCGUGGUUGUGGGUCACAUUCCGGUUCAUCCAGGUUCUUCAGAGAGUGUUUGCCUUGCUUGGAAUUAUAAAGAUGCCCUUUCUGUCAUCCAUUCUCAUCAGUGUGUGGUGUGCUUUCUCGCAGGGCACCUCCAUGAUGGUGGUUAUUAUUUAGAUUCUCAUGGAGUCCACCAUAUUACUUUGGAAGGGAUUGUUGAAACUCCACCAGAGAGCCAUGCCUUUGGAACGAUAUAUGUCUAUGAUGAUAAACUGGUAUUAAAGGGAAGAGGUAGAAUUCCAGACAAAGUAAUGUAUUACACAAAACAUUAGGAUAGUUGUAAAUACAAUUGUGCAUGAUCCAGACAAUGCUCCAGAAAUUAGUUAGUUUAAUAAAUAACAGCUGACCAUUGCAGCCAUGGUGUUUCUGUUUAUAGAAAAUCUGCACGAUGAUGCUUACAGCUUCAAGCCUGAUAAAUAGAGCCUCAGUGCUGCCCACCUUCUCCUCUCAGAGCUGGUAUCUUAGAAGCUUUACUUCUUCAAGAAGCAAGAAACAAGGUCUAGCUUCCUGCUAUAGGGCACAGGAGGGACAGCCAACAACUCAACACAAUCUGAAAUAAAUGCAACUUGAUUUGGACAACUUCUGCUUGAAAGAGUUAAAAGUGAACAAUUUGUUAUUUAUUGUGGCACAAAAGGCACAAGCAACAUUAAAAGGUAUGUGAUAACAGUAGCAAGGAGUUAUUAGUGCAUCUUUAUUAGUCACACUGUGUUAUGAAAUGGAAAUCUUAUCCCUAUCAGGUGUGAUUCAGCUUCUUUUCAAACACUAACAUUGAUGAUAUUCUUCAGCCUGCCAGUAGUUUGCUUUCUGAAAUCAGCAGAAGUUGUAGAUACUCUGCACCUCUAAAAACCAGAUUCCUUUGAAUGUUUUUGUUUUUUUGUCUAGGGAGGGGAUUUAUGAUUUUAUAGAU